GCGCCAAGUUUCGGCGUGGUGAUUGAAGGCGAUCAUGCUGAAAAGCAUUCCGAAGGGCGAUGUGCAGAAGAUCUGCAGCGGGCAAUCGGUGGUGGAUCUUGCCACGGCAGUGAAGGAGCUGGUCGAGAACGCGCUGGAUGCCGGCGCGACCGCAGUUGAAGUCAAGCUCAAGGAGUUUGGCCAUGUGGGCUUUGAAGUGAGUGACAACGGACAAGGCAUUCCCGCGGCAGACCAUGCCGCGAUCGCCCUGAAGCAUUACACGUCCAAAAUUCGAGCGUUUGAAGACUUGGAGCGUGUCGUGUCGUUUGGGUUUCGCGGCGAAGCGCUGAGUUCGAUUUGCCAAUUGUCGGGCUUGUUCAGUGUGCACACUCGCACGGCGGACGACAGCAUUGGCACGUUGCUGCAAUACGACCAACAUGGAGCGUUGAUCUCAUCGUCGAAAAAGGCGCGGUCGGUUGGCACAACGGUCAUCGUAGAUGAUCUCUUCCUUCCCUUGCCUGUCCGAUACAAAGAUUUCACCAAGAACAUCAAAAAGCACUACGGGAAAACCCUUCGCAUCUUGCAGGUGCGUUCGACCUCCCGAUCUGUCCCCAUCAUACAUAUACUACUCGUUGUUAGGGAUACGCUGUGAUCAGCUCCAACGUAAAGCUCUCUUGUGUGAACAUUAUGGGAAAGAACAACUUGCGGCAGCAAGUGCUGUCGACGGAAGCAAACCACGCCGUCGCCAACAACAUUGCCAACGUGUUUGGCAGCAAGUUUCUCAAGACGUUGGUUGCCGUCGACAUUUCGUUGCCGUUCUGGCCCGACAUCAUCGACAGCGCGUUCCACAUCACAGGGUUCGUGUCCAAAGUCGGCGCCGGCGUCGGCCGGAGCGACAACGACCGCCAGUUUUUCUACGUCAAUGGCCGCCCCGUCGAUCUCUUGAACGCCACAAAGGCUGUGAACGAGAUCUGGCGGCAGUACGAAAUGAAGCAAAAGCCAGCGUGUGUGCUCAACUUUGUCGUGCCGCCCGACGCCGUCGACGUCAACGUCACCCCCGACAAGCGAGAAACAUUUGUUCGACACGAAUCACAUAUUGUCGAGUGCCUCAAGGCAGGACUGACCGACUUGUACGAACCGUCUCGCGGCACAUUCCACGUGCAAAGACUCUUGCCUACUACGAGCCAGCACCCAGAAGACCCCCAGCAGGUCAUGCCGACAAAACGCCCUCGAGAUCAAACACCCCAAGCACCAAAGGAGGCUUUCGUCGAUUUGGAUGGUGCAGAAGCAGCAGCCCCCCCGACGACCAAACGACCGCGACAAGAGGCACAUCCUUUGACACCAACGACUGAGCCAUCUGUAGGACUGCCAUUGGACGAAGCGACUUCAAAAGGGCAAAAUGGACACGGAGGCGCGGAUACGUGCCCGACGGUGCGGCUCUUUCGCGUCGACGACGUUGCCGAGGCGAAAGCAUCAGUUGAUGAGUCGCCUCCCGUUGUACAGACCGGUGGUGUACCCGCGACUCCCAGUCCCAUCAAAACCAAUCGCCCUGGGACCACGACCUUCUCGUCCAGUCCAUCCCCCCAACCCAGCGACGCCCGCUGGACAACCCCCACGGCAUCCACGUGUGCAGCCACGACCAUUUCUGCGACCAAGGCCACGCCAAACAACAAACGACGCACGAGCCUGCUCUACUCCAUCUCGAAAGCCACCAUGGACGACGUCGUCCGCCAGCGAAAGCUGCACGUUGAGCACCAACAGCAACAACAGAUCGACCCCGCGCGACGGCGGCGGCUGUCGCUUCCUCGAGCCUGCGCCAUAGACAACGCCGUCGACGACCCUGUCGAAGCCACGGCAUCGCUGCAGCGAGUGUUGACCAAGGCGGACUUUCGGCGCAUGCACGUGAUUGGGCAAUUCAAUUUGGGGUUCAUCAUCGCCCACCUGGACGCCGACUUGUUUAUCAUCGACCAGCACGCGAGCGACGAAAAGUUCCGGUACGAAAUGCUGCAGCAGACGACCGUGCUCCACCAGCAGCCCCUCGUGCGUCCCAUGGCGCUGGAGCUGACCGCCGUCGAGGAAAUGACCAUCUUGGACCACUUGCCGCUGUUCAAGAAGCAAGGGUUUCACUUUCAAGUCGACCCCGCGGCCCCCGUCACCCAAAAGUUGCGCCUCAUCUCGGUCCCGUUUAGCAAGCACACCCAGUGGGGCGUUGACGACGUCCGCGAGUUGGUGUCGUUGGUGCUCGAGUCCCCCCACGCGGCGGCGGCGGCAACGAUCCGCCUGCCCAAGACCCUGGCCAUGUUUGCGUCACGAGCGUGUCGCAGUGCCGUGAUGAUUGGCACAGCGUUGAAGCGAGAAGACAUGCAAAAGAUUGUGGUGCAACUGGCAGAGUUGGAGCAGCCGUGGAACUGUCCCCACGGACGGCCUACCAUGCGCCACUUGGUCGAUCUGUCGUCGACGUCGGCCUUCCAAAAGUGACACGUGAAAACCCUCGUAACGUUAAUACAAAAUUGUCUAGUUUCUGGUUUAAA